AUGGCCCAGGCCUCGCCUUCAUGGCAGAGGCUGUUGGGGCUGCUGUCGGUGCUGCUGGCACUGCUUCUCGGCGCCUCGGCCGGGUCGCAUGAUGCCGCGGCCGCCGGCUGCCCCGCCGACAUUGCGUUGGCUCCGGAGAACACUUGGUCGUUCGAAUUUGAAAACGGAACCGACGUUGCUGAGACCCAAGCAGAGAGCUCGCAUGUUAGGAACCAGAACGUCGAGGCCCAUAAUAUUGAGGCGACCAGCUUGCACGGCAUGGGCGCCCGAUCUGCUUUCGAGGCUCUUGCCGUCGAGAUCCCGGCCUCAUGCCGCACCCCGAGCAUGAUGAGCUCGCUCAUGGAGCUGCCCAUCAGUUUCGCCAGCCUGCACUUGCAUCUGCAGAACAUCCGAACCAAAUAA